AGUGACACACAUUGGUUGUAGAUCCAGGCCUUAUCUAAUGAGAUAAAAAGUGACUGUAACAAUCAUACACGACAAAAUCAGAAACCAGAAGCUGAAAUAUUUUAUUACGACCUUCCUGUUAAACUAUGAAGAGACUGAGAGAUGUCCAGAAUAUCUGAUUGUGUGUCUGCUGCAGCAACUAUUUGUACGGAAAAGAUUUCAAACAUCAUGUUCGUUUUCCUACAGAGACAGUCAAACUUUUCUAAACUAUGAUCUUCAGCUAAAAGAUUCAAGGAAACAGCUUGCUCAAUGGACAAACUUCAGGGAUGGACUGGGCUGAUUAUUACUCUGAUGCUAUACCUAACAGAUCCUGGCUUUGGCUAUGCCAUCGUAGAAGGCCCUCAAAAUGUAACAGCUGUUGUAGGUUCAGUGGCUCGAUUUAGCUGCACAGUAUCAGAUGGGUGGAAAAUUUUGAUAUGGCUUUUCAAUGGAAAUCCUAAGCUGUCUGUGUUGAGUUCUGGAGAAACUAUUGUAACAGAUGAGCGAUAUACUCAGAAUGGUUCUAAGACAAAUGGUAGCAUGUUUACUUCAGAGCUGAUGAUCCAUAAUGUUCAGCUGACAGAUUCUGGACAAAUCAAAUGUAGCCUCCAGAACAAUAAUAACAAUAGAUAUGCAUUUCUUUCUGUAUAUAUAGGAUGUGAUAAUGAAGAUUGGCGAAUCCGAACUAUAAUUUUAGCUGUUGUGUUGUCAGUUGCUCUUUUACUCCUUCUGAUCCUUAUUAUUCUCCUUAUUAUAUGUUGCUGCAAAAGAAAGAAAGAGUCCAACUAUCAAAGUGAGCUAAGAAAGAUUUCAGGGAAGAAAAAAAAAGGUGGAAAUUUGGAAACUGUGAGUCCCAGUGGAAAGGAAAACUAUGGCUACAGUGCAGAGCAAAUGCCACAUCACUCUUCCUUCCCAGUUGCAGAAAUUGUUUAUGAUACCAAGAAAGAUCUGAAUGUGAGCUCUUCAUCAGAGGUGUUAAACAACAAAUUUCAAGCAGAAGAAAUUCCUUCAAGAACUAAUGUUUAUCCAAUUAAUCCAGUCAAAAUCAGAAAUGUGACACUAAUAUAGGAAAGCAGUUACCAUAAAUAGCUAUAUCAUGUCUUAAAAUUUCUUCAUUUAUUUGAAAAUCAAAAUCAAUUUAAUAAUCUCUGAGGAAUUUUAAUGAAGAAUCUACUGUGUUUCCCCAUAAAACAGAAUGUAUUCCUCUUUAAAUAUUUAUUUUCUGUCUACUUUAAAAUUUAUUGUGAACUAGUAGAAGUUUCACUAUCACCUUUGACCUGUUAAUUCAAAAUAAGGUUUUGUUUAGUUAUCAUCUCUUUUUGUGAAAUUGUCAUAUUUUAAAGCAUACGAUUCAUGAUGUUAAUUUUUAAAAUGCAAGCACUUAUGAUUUAAGAUUAACAAUAUGGUUUCCUAUUCAUAUAUUUCUGGUUGCAUACAUCAUACAGUGAUGACAUGACAACAGAAACUCCUGCAAGGAUAUGUACAAUUCAUAUUUAAAAUAAAUCCAACAUGGAUUUCCAUGACAGCAGGUAUAAAAGCUUAAAUAAAAUGGAAUCCAUUGGGACAUGGCAUUGAAUAGAUUUAAUGCUAUUGAUCCUACUUCAGUCAAAAAAUGCACAUAUAACAUGAUUUGUUUGCAAAUAUUAUGUAAAAUAGCAUAUACUUGAAAUUUGCAUUAAAAAGUAUAAUGUAUGGUGACUUGCAUUUUAAAAAUUCUCUAGUUAGAUAAUUAAAAAAAGAGAUUAUAUCCCAAUAUUAAAUUAGAAUACAUAUGCAGGAAAAUACACAUAACAAUAUAUUUCCAAUAUAUUUGGGAAAACUUGUGUUAAAUACAUACUGUAUGUUGGAAAGUUUUGUUACAAAUACAAGCAUGUAUUUUAUCAGGGGAUAUUGCAUAUAGAAGCUCCAUAUUAAGUAAAGUUUAAAUGACAAAUCAAAACAGAUGUAUUUAUUUUGUUAAACAAGCAUUAAAACUGUUAAUAUUUCUGAUAUUACUGUGCUAAGCAACUGAACUUCAUUGAGCUUUACUUACUACUGGCAUGUUAUCACUUUAAUUACAUUUUUUAUUAUUUCAUUUACUUAUUAAACUAGCUGUUUUUUUCCCCUGUGUUAUACACCUGUCAUUUAAGAACAUAGUUAGAAAUAGGAGUUAUUAAAAUUGAUUGGACUUGUCUCCGUUAAUAAGUUGAAGUUCUCAAACCACUUUUUCCUUCAAUCAUUUUUUGAAAAUCUUUGUAUAAAGUAAUCUGUGAUAUUACAAGUGCAUUUUACAUAAUUGAAUUGCCAAAUAAAAGGUACCUAAUUUUCAA